UGAUCUGAUUGCCGUCGAUAAAGCCUGAGGCGUAUUUUCGGAGUGACUGUACAAUUGAGAAUGCGUGAAGAUGCCCAAAUGCUGUGUUCCUAUCUGCCCAAAUCACACGGAUCGUGCGGUUGUACCUGGAAGAUCAUGGCAUAGACUGCCCUUACGUAAACCUGAUUUGCUGAGUGUAUGGCUUUCGCAGAUCGGAAGAGAAAAAAAUUGGAUACCCACGGUUAGUAAAGUCAUCUGCUCGGAUCACUUUGAGGAAAGAUGCUUUGACAGAACGGGGCAAACGACAAGGCUCCGGGAAAAUGUAGUUCCAACAAUUUUCAAGUGCGGUAGUUACCGAGCAUCAUCAGCAGUAGCACCUUCUGCAGGUCCCCAGUCUGAAGAAAAACAGUCUGAGAAGAAAAUACAAUCCAAGGAGGAAAAACAAUCUGAGGAUGAAGAGCAAUCUAUGGAGAAAAAACAAACUAAGGAGGAAAGGCAAAGUAUGAAGGAAAAGCCAGCUAAGGAGGAAAGGCAUACUAGAAAUAAGAAGAAAAAAGAGAUGAUUGUGAAACUUCCUGUCAGAGCAAGAGGAAGAACCAGGAAGAAGCGGAAAGCUCCACCUACACCAGAUAGUGAAGCAGACUGUACAUCACAUGACCAUGACUACAUUGGAAAAGACAUAGCUGGUCAAAGUCUGCCGCCAUCGUAUAGGGAUGAUAGACGCCUUCCACCUAGAAGACGUAGAUAUGAACGACCUCCCACCUUGUUGCAAGCGCUAAACCUGUUGGGCAGCGGGACAUUUUUUUCACGUUCUACCGGUCAAGACAAUGCGCCAAGUGAUGAGGAAGAUAGCAACCUAAGUAGUGCUGUUGCUGGGGAACCUGAAGCAGGCAGCACUGAAAGGUCAGAGCUUCCGCAAUGUGCAAGUCAAGCUCGUACAGAGUACAGUCCCCGAAGCAAGAAACAGGAUGGAAGAGUGAAGCGUUCUAAACCUGUGGAAGAUAAGGUGCAGCCAGUCCAGGUUGGCAAAACUGGGACAUUGUCCAAUAGUGAACUCCCAGAUGAAGACACCAAUAUGGUGACAUUACCUGAUGGACAAGGCUUUAUCAAAGAUGGUUUCUUCCACUCUAAACAUCCAUCGCUGACUCCCGACCCCAUCGCCAUUGGUGAAAGAAGAAGGAUGGUAAAAAGCAAAGAACACGAUCACUCCUACAGUAUCGCCGAUAACCCUGUAGUGCUGAAGCACCGGAUGGAUGCUAGCUGUGCUAAGUUGACCGACCUUCAGAAGCGGUUGAAGACCAACCAGCAACGCAAUAGGAGAUUAGAGGGAAGAGUAAAGACACUGAGCAAGGAGGUUGAGGGACUCAGGCACAAAGAUGUUGUCAUGAAGGAAACCCUAAAGUUUCUGGAAUCUCUCGAUUAUAGACCAGCACCUGACACGUGAUGAUGAUAAACGCAGAUGGGUAUUGGUUCAUUUUCUUUUGAAAUUUGUUUAUUAUUCUCUGUGAUAAAAUCCAUUCACCGUAUGAAAAGCACAUUGCAUUCUAAAGGGGAUAAAAUAGAGAAUAUUAAGGGAAAGAUCAAUAAGGUGUUUGCCAAAAUUAAAAAAAAAAACAUUAAAUAUGUAUUAAGUUUUACUUUUGAAACAUCAUGGGCAAGCUGCUCUAAUGUACUGUGAAUGAAUAAUAUGAAAUGCAUUUUUAUCUAGAAACCUAUGCAUUAUCAGACAAAAUUAUAAGUGUAUUUGGUACAACUGUUAUUCCGUUCUUCAAAAAGAAACGUACAUUACAUGUACAUGCAUGUGUAAAACAGUCAACUCUGCAUACAUGUAUGUUGACCUUUCAAGUUGAAUAUUUUGAGAUCAGGGCCCCGUCUUACAAAGAGUUGCAUUGAUCUGAUCAAACUCAACUAUAGAAAGCCAGCUACAUCCACAUCUAACAAUACAUGUUUGUUCCAAAAAAAAUUUUAGGUAUGUUGUUUAUUCAUAAAUUCAUUGAAUUCUUGACAAUUUGGUGUGUUUGCAUUUGUUCACAAAGGACAUUUUGCAAAUUUCCUGUAUAAAAAAUUAUGACACCGAUGGAUUUCCAUAGAGUUGCGAUUGAUUGGAUCAAGCGUAACUCUUUGUUAGACGGAGCCCAGAUUUUUUAAGCCACGAUAUUUACCUUUAUUUAAGUAAAACAUCUCUAUGUUGUCCCAAGAGAUUUGACUCGAUUUUGUCUCAAUAUGGUAAUAACAAAUGCAACAUAUAUUAACCCUUCAGUUAGGGAGGGGUCAUAUUGAAACCCCCCCCCCUACCUUGACAAACUAUGUAACUUCACUGUUGUCUGACUCCUUUCGACCAAGCUGCUUGCUUUUAACUUUCUGGUCUUGUAGAUCUCUCCCUACAGAGAUUAUUUCCGCGAUGCCCUGGUAUGCCAUUUAAGAGAAGAUAAUGCAACAUUAUGAAAUUGAGCAUGACCCCUAAUCGCUCCAAAACAUGGUUUUAUGUACAAAGUCAAUACAGAUGGAGUUUUCUCAGUUGAAAUUAUAAUAAUGCUUCUAAAAGGUUCUGCAGUAUA